ACCGUAGUGUUAAGUAGAGUUAUUCUAAACAAAUUCGACAGGUAUUGGUUUUGAGACGCACUGCCCGUAUCAGAUUUUUGCGACACGGGAUUGAAAGGUGACUAAUAUCAGCAUGCAAGUGUUGCGUGAUCUUCACAGCACUGCUUAUGACAGCUUCAAGGAAAACAUAAAUCAGAUCAUAAAGGAAGGAAUUGCAAGGACUAAGAAUGUUGACACAAAGUUGGGUUCAUGGGAUCUUGUGACACAGUAUGACAGGAGGGUGGAGAAUGUUCUUAUGAAAGAAAUUUCAAAAAAGUUCCCAUCACACAAAUUCAUUGCUGAGGAAACCAACGCUGAACAGAAGGCAACACCAGAACUGACAAAUGCACCUACUUGGAUCAUUGACCCUAUAGAUGGAACAACAAAUUUUGUACAUGGUUUCCACCUCACAUGCAUCUCCAUUGCUUUGAGCAUAGAGAAGGAGGUAGUAAUUGGUAUAAUAUACAACCCAAUACUGGAUCAGUUGUUCACUGCAAUCAAAGGUCAAGGUGCUCACCUCAAUAACCAAAGAAUAAAUGCCUCACAAGUUGAAGAACUGUGCAAAUCAAUGGUGUGCUUGGAGUCAUCAUUUGCAUGCAUCCCAAGUUUGAAGGAUAGUAUCAUGAAAAGGACAGAAGCAUGCGUCAAAGUGGCACAUGGCAUUCGUGUCCUGGGAUCAGCAGCCCUUGCCUUGUGUUAUGUUGCAAUGGGAGUGGCUGAAGCAUACCACAUAGAUGGACUUCAAUGUUGGGAUGUAGCAGCUGGAGCUUUAAUUGUCAGAGAAGCUGGAGGCAUUGUCCUGGAUUCAACAGGUGGGACAUUUGACAUGAUGUCACACAGGAUCCUGGCUUGUGGAACGAAGAAGUUAGCUGAGGAACUUGUCAUCCUAUUUAAGAAAGCUGAUGCAUCCAUCAUCAAAAUCAAUAUUAACAAUGGUUAGAGUAAGAUUAUCAUCAGUGUUUGUUGUAAAAUAUUAACUAUGUAUUUUAUUUAUAAAAUGUAGGAUAUAUUCUUGCUGGUGGUUUGGCACAUAUUAAAACAAUAAUCUGUGCAUCUUUUUAAUAUAAGCUACAAACAAUAAAAAUAUUCAUAUUAACAAAA